UCUUCUUCUUCCGGUGGUAACAUCUCAUUCGAUCAUGAUGGCGUCUCAGCAGCAGCAGCCCGGCGGGCCGAUGUCCCAGCCCGGAUUACAACAGCAAGCUUCAUUACAACAACAGCAGCAGCUACUGAGCCAACAGCAAGACUUUGAUCCAGUCCACAGAUUUAAGAUGCUAAUCCCUCAGCUGAAGGAGAGUCUGCAGAAUCUUAUGAAGAUUGCAUCCCUGAAUUUGGCCCAUAACACGACAAUUGACAACGGCAUCAAAAGCAGCGACACCACUGUUCAGCGCUUUGACAAGAGCCUGGAAGAGUUUUAUGCUCUUUGCGAUCAACUGGAGCUGUGUUUGCGGCUGGCGUAUGAGUGCCUCUCCCAGAGCAUUGACAGCGCCAAACAUUCACCCAACCUUGUCCCAACAGCCACCAAGCCGGACACGGUGCAGACAGAGUCCAUGUCCUACGCCCAGUACCUCGGCAUGAUCAAGUCUCAGAUCUCCUGCGCCAAAGAUAUCCACAACGCUCUGCUGGAGUGCUCCAAGAAGAUCGCAGGGAAGGGACAGCCUCAGGGAAUCAUGUAGACCUGGAAGAACUAUCCCAACUGUUUCUACAUCUGGUGACAUUUUUCAGAAGGUGGAUGAAUUUCAUAUACAGGAAUGUCUCAGAACUCAGCUUUGGUCUAAGGUGCUGUUUCAUUGCUCAGCAUCCUGUAUAGUUAUUUUGUUUUAUGUUUCUUGUAAGCUCUGUGUAAAUAUUUCCAACAAAAUGUCAUGCUCUAAUAUGACCACCAGGUGGAGGCAGAGUUGUAUCUUCCAACUCAAUAUCCACAUCUCUUUUGUAGCUUAUUUGUAUUGACUAUUAAAACAUUUGUACUGAA